AUGUCCUGGGCACCCAUCCUGCUCACGCUGCUCACCCUCUGCACAGGUUGUGGCCCUCAGCCGGUGCUACACCAGCCACCGUCAGUGUCCUCAUCCCUCGAGACCACAGUCACCCUCGCCUGCACCCUGAGCAAAGACUACAAUGUGGCCAUUUACAGCAUCUAUUGGUACCAGCAGAGGCCAGGCCAGGCGCCGAGAUUCCUGCUGAGGUUCCUCUCACCCUCAAACAAGAAGCAGGGUCCCAGGAUCCCCCCUCGCUUCUCUGGCUCCAAAGACUUGGCCAGCAACACAGGGUACUUGAGAAUCUCCAAGUUGCAGGCUGAGGAUGAGGCUGUAUACUACUGUGCUGUGGGGCAUCGGAACAUGGACAGGCAGGUGGAGAAGGAGAGGGGGGAAGACAAGGAGCCUGAUGCUUCAGGGUCCCAGGCCCCCCAGGACACACUGACCUGGAACUGA